UAGAUGUGCGACGACGAGAGACAGUUCUUCAAAGGCAGAUAAACGAUGUCAACAAGUUUAAAACAGGCUUUAAAAUCUCACUUUGGCUUCGACGGCUUCAGGUCUAAACUUCAGGAAGAUGUUGUUAAGGCUGUCAUUCGUGGUAACAGGGACGUGUUUGUAUGCAUGCCCACCGGAGCAGGGAAGUCUCUGUGCUAUCAGCUGCCUGCAGUGCUGGCUGAGGGUAUUACUCUGGUUAUAUCCCCUCUAAUCGCUCUGAUUCAGGACCAAGUGGAUCGCCUGAAGGAGCUCAACAUCCCAGCCUGUUCCAUCAACUCCAAGCUUGCUGCAGCCGAGCGCCGUCUGAUCCUGGCUGAUCUGGGGAGCAGCCGGCCGAAGCUGAAGCUCCUAUACAUCACUCCAGAGAUGGUGGCCUCAGCCUCGUUCAAGCCCUGCCUGACGGGUUUGUGCUCCCGCGGCCUGCUGUCCUACCUGGCUGUGGAUGAGGCUCACUGUGUUUCCCAGUGGGGCCAUGAUUUCCGACCAGACUAUCUCAAACUGGGUGAGCUGCGGGCUAGCAUACCAGGAGUACCCUGUUUGGCUUUGACAGCAACUGCUCCCAAAAACGUCCAAGAAGACAUUAUGAAAUCACUGAAGCUGCGCUCGCCCAUGUCUUUUGUCACGCCGGUCUUCCGUAGCAACCUUCAUUACGAUGUGAUCUUCAGAGAUCUGCUGCCAAACCCUUAUGUUCACCUUCAGGCCUUUAUUAAAAAAGCUCUGGAUCUGAGCAGCGGAUCUGCUGGACAGGGCUGCGGGAUUGUUUACUGUCGAACCAGAGAAGGCUGUGAAACUGUUGCUUACCAGCUGACCAAGCUUGGAGUCUUAGCUAAGCCUUAUCAUGCAGGUCUAAAGGGAGCCGAUCGCACAGAGGUGCAGAAUGAAUGGAUGCAGGGGAAGGUGCUGGUUAUCGUUGCAACAAUCAGCUUUGGCAUGGGUGUGGACAAAGCUAAUGUCAGAUUUGUUGCACACUGGAACCUUGCAAAGUCUUUGGCCGGAUACUACCAAGAGUCUGGACGAGCAGGUAGAGACGGUCUGCUCUCCCUGUGUCGCACCUACUAUAGCCGGAAGGAUAAAGAGCAGCUAAGCUUCCGGAUUCGCCAGGAAAUCACCCGCAGGCAGGAGAAACGAGGCACUUCAAAGGAGUCUGACAAAGCAGCCCUUUCUGACCUGGAAGCCAUGGCUCUGUUUUGUGAACAAGAAGGGUGCCGCCAUGCCAUCAUCUCCAAGUAUUUCGACGACAAGAAGCCAAACUGCGCGGGCGCCUGCGACUACUGCAGGAAUCCCAAAGCUGUGCGGGCACAGCUGGAGCGAGCGGCAACCCUCAGCACCAAGACCGAAGAUGGCCAGAGCGGCGGGCCCAAAGGACCCUUCGGCUACCAGCCGGAGCAAUAUGAAGGAGGGAAGAAGGGCUAUGGCUUUGAAAGGUAUGAUGAAGGGGAGGAAGGAAGUGCUGAAGAGGAGGCCAAGAAGAGGAAAAAAGAGUUUUCUGACUUCUACAAAAAACAGAUGAAUCUACGGAAGGGAUCCAACAGCCAGAGAGAGGACUUUGUUCCCCCAGAUGCUGACUGUCCGCUUAGAGAGGCCAGCAGCCAGAGGAUCCCUCGGCUCACUGUCAAGAUCAGAGAGCUUUGCCUGUACCGUCUGCGUGAUGCUCUGUGCAGCCAGCAGGGGGCACAAGACACAUUAAGCUGUCUGAGUUCAGCGGUGGAUAUAGAAUAUGAAGCGUUCAAAAGCAGCAAAUCCUCCAACUUGUACAAAGCUGCUAUCUUUAAGAAGGAGUCGGAGAUCAAAUCAGCAGCUGGGACAGAUGAAGGCAGCAGCAGCAGCGAUUCAAGAGAAGCUGAGACAAAACUCAAAGCAGAAGGAAGCUCAUCUUCUUUAUACCCAGAGGAUCUUCAGGGCUUCACCUCUGCUUCUCAGAUCUACUCAAUGAAGCGGAAAAGAGUGGGUGCAGGUGUAAGGGGCUCCUCUAGCUGCUUCCAGUCUGCCAGGAAUCUCCUGAAUCCCUCCACCAAAGAGAUGGAAAAUGGCAGCUUUUUCAGUGACUCCGCCGAGGAGUCAGACUUCAAAAAGAUCAGAGUGACUGAGACACUGAAGGAGACCCCGCCGGCCCAGACGUCAUCCAUCAGAGCCAGGGCCACCGCCAUCAGCGCUUCCCUAAACAGUCCCAGCAAAGGAGGCAGAGCCAUGAGCAGGAAGCAACAGAAGCUGGCAGAAGCGGCAAAGAGUUCUCGAAACAUCUCCCAGUACUUUGUGAAAAAAAGCCUAGCAGAGGAGGAGAGCCGUGAAGAGGCGGAGCCUCUCCUGGAAGCAGGUGGUUUGUUAUCAGAGACUCUGGGAGAGAUUUAUGAGGAGAGCAUCAGGCAGGAGCUGCAAUGUCUGGCUGCAGGGGAAGAAACAGAGACCCAUCCUGAACUUUUAGAGGCUGAUGAUCUGAUCCUGAUUGAACCAAAAACUGAAGUCAUCGUUUUAUCUGAUGAUGAAGACGAAGAAGUGGAAAAAAAGGAAACGUCGACGCCGGUUGAAGAUACUACUCAAGAAGAUAUGACCACUACCACAACACCAAACAACCCUGAAGAAGCAGAAAAAGCAAAUGACCGACCCUUUGUUCAAGAGUUGGCAGACGAGGUGAAAGCAGAUCAGAAGGAGUCUUCUUCUGAAGCGAAGCGCAGCCGGACAUUAGGAGUAACCAAGAGAAGAGUGACGUUUAACCCGGAGGUGCAGAAGAGGUUGCUCCCGCCGCCCAGCAAGCCCACUGAGGCGGUGACCCUGAAGGAAGCGGCUGAUAUCGUGGUGCGUUAUCUAGACCCUUAUUACCAUCAGGGGAAGUUUGCCAACAAGGCUGUGUUUAAGUCUUUUGCACGGUGCUUGUCUCACCUUCUUACAGAGGGUAAAAGUUGUGGUAAAAGCCAAGUUAAAGGUGAAGCUAAAGAUCUCAUCAAGAGGUUUUUCACCAGCGUAAAGCACUGCGAGAGCGAGGCCGACUGGGAGCACCUUAAGAGUCUGUACAGCUCCAAAGCCACAGAGAGCAGGGAGUGAUGGGACAUGUAGUCCUUUCCUGUCAAAGCCUUAUUCGUCUGUGCCUGCCAAUUCUUCUUGUUAAUAUGAAUUUUAUUUAAAAAGUUUUGAAAGAAGGGCUUUAGUGGUUUUUUAUGUGAUGUCAGUAUAGAGCAAUAAGCCAUUCUUGGUGUUAGAAAAGAGGUAGGACUGUAGGCAUUUAUAGUGAAAAAGUGCUCUUAAUAGCUUAAUAGCUGAACCGAGGUUCAAAUCUGUGGAGAAAUUAGGUCAAGUUAGCUUGAAAAAUAAGACCAAAGAUCCUAAACUUGAACUACACUCCACAGGUUUUCUUUUCUGGUUGCCAUCCUGACUCUCCGUAGCAAAACAGAAAGCAAAACAAAGGAUAAAUGAGUGGAAAACGCAUUAUUCCUGCUAUUUGAUACAGUGGAGGACCUGUCAUGAUGCGGGCUCGUUUGUCUUCCAUAGGACCUGCUAGGCUGCUAUAAUAGUUUACUAAAAAUUUAAUGAUAAAUAGCAGAAAACAGAAAAGGCUCAGCUCAGACCUCCGACCUGAAAUCUGUUGAAAACCCGACUAGC